AAGAUGAAUCCGUCCUCGGCGCCCCCUCCGCUCCCGCCGCCCGGGCAGCAAGUGAUCCACGUCACGCAGGACUUGGACACGGACCUCGAAGCCCUCUUCAACUCUGUCAUGAACCCCAAGCCCAGCUCGUGGCGGAAGAAGAUCCUGCCGGAGUCCUUCUUCAAGGAGCCCGACUCGGGAUCGCACUCGCGCCAGUCCAGUACCGACUCGUCGGGCGGCCACCCGGGGCCCAGGCUGGCCGGCGGCGCCCAGCACGUCCGCUCGCACUCGUCGCCCGCAUCCCUGCAGCUGGGCACCGGCGCGGGCGCGGCGGGCAGCCCGGCGCAGCAGCACGCUCACCUUCGCCAGCAGUCCUACGACGUGACCGACGAGCUGCCGCUGCCCCCGGGCUGGGAGAUGACCUUCACGGCCACUGGCCAGAGGUACUUCCUCAAUCACAUAGAAAAAAUCACCACAUGGCAAGACCCUAGGAAGGCGAUGAAUCAGCCCCUGAAUCAUCUGAGCCUCCACCCUGCCGUCACUUCCACACCAGUGCCUCAGAGGACCAUGGCCGUGUCCCAGCCAAACCUGGUGAUCAGUCACCAACACCAGCCGCAGAUGGCACCCACCACCCUGAACCACCCUGCUCAGAACCCUUCAGCAGGACUCAUGAGUCUGCCCAACGCACUCACCACUCAGCAGCAGCAGCAGCAGAAACUGCGGCUCCAGAGGAUCCAGAUGGAGAGAGAGAGGAUCAGAAUGCGCCAAGAGGAGCUCAUGCGGCAGGAAGCCGCCCUCUGCAGGCAGCUCCCCAUGGAAGCCGAGACAAUGGCCACCGUUCAGGCUGCUGUCAACCCGCCUGCCAUGACUGCAGACAUGAGAUCCAUCACCAACAAUAGCUCAGAUCCUUUCCUCAAUGGAGGGCCCUACCACUCGCGGGAGCAGAGCACAGACAGUGGCCUGGGCUUGGGGUGCUACAGCGUCCCCACGACUCCGGAGGACUUCCUCAGCAACGUGGACGAGAUGGAUACAGGGGAAAAUGCAGGUCAGACGCCUGUAAACAUUAACCACCAGCAGACCCGCUUUCCUGAUUUCCUUGACUGUCUUCCGGGAACAAACGUUGACCUAGGAACUUUGGAAUCUGAAGAUCUGAUCCCCCUCUUCAGUGAUGUGGAGUCUGCUCUGAACAAAAGCGAGCCCUUUCAAACCUGGCUGUAGUUGCUGCCGCCAUUGUAAGUGGGAAGCAGCCAUGACCUGACAUUUCCUGGGCCUCUGGGGAAGGUGGUGGAGCCGAGGAGGUCUGCAGGCAACCACUUCCUGCCUCACGACUCUCACUCCCUCCUUUCCACGUGGCCAGUUUAGUCAUUGCCUGGUUUUGAUUGACAGGAACUUCAGUUACACAUACAUAUUCUGUUUUCAUUUUCUGUAAGCCUGCAUUCCUGUGAUACAUGAUGCAGAGGUGUGCCUGCAGAAUUGUGUCUGCAGAAUUUUCUCUUUGUGCUGCCCCAUGGCUACUAUGCUUUAUGGGUGUUAGCUGACAUUUAUGCAUCAAUUUAUUGUAAACCACAAAAAGCUGACCACAGGUAGUAAAUUCGGACGGGCAUCUUGGUCCAGGAAACAUGCACAAAAUUAGACCUGAUUUACAGUUUCAAAAACUGUAUUAAUGACAGUAGCACCAAAUACUUUAAAAUCUAUUUAACUUGAGCUUUAAAAAUCAUUGUAUGGAUAGUAAAAUUCUGCUGUGUGGAAUACAGUGUAUUUUGAAUCCAUGCUCGCUCUGAUGGCUCUUACUACUCUGUAUUUGCAAAGGCACAAACAGUCCUAGUAUAGUUUAUUUUUCAUUGUUUUAUUGCAUAGACAGCUUAGUCUUCCUGGCAGGAAAGUAGCAGCAGCAUUAGAGUUCUUACCUAGAGAGCUUUUGAAAGAGACCAGUUUGUACUAAUAAUGAACAUUUAUUAACCAAAAAUUUGUUUUAAUUGCAACAUGGAUUUGUUAACAGUGCAACUUAGAAUUUGAUGUUCGUUUAGGAAACACUAAUUUUAUAGCUGAUGACAAAAGACAGCCAUAUGUUUUUGAUAAAUCAGUGGCAACUGUUUUUUUGUCUUUUGAAACUAUCCUGAAGAUAUUGGGGUUUCAACCUGAUGGCACAUGCAAUAAGCUGUUGCUUUUCAAAUUCUGAAGCCUUGUCAGUUUUGCUUUCAAGAUUUCAAGUGUUUAAAAUAAGCCUAUCUAUGAAACUGUUUGAAGGAUGAAGCAGAUCUCUAACUGACAUAUAACAAAAAUGCCCUCUGAGGGCAGAUGGUGGAGACAUGUUUCUGAAUGCAGUAAAAUUGAUUCCUACGUAUAUUAUCCUAUAUCCUAUCCUUGAUAUAAAAAAGCCUGAGCUAUGUAUUCAGUACCUCUUAUGUAACCAAAAACUUCAUUAGCUUUUAAGGACUGAGAGAGCAUCAUGUGCACCUGGCAUGCAGUCUACCUGCAUUGCCAAUGAAGUCCUCAACUGUUUAAUAUUUUGAAUGACAUUAUUUAUAAUCUAUGAAUUUAACCUUUUUAAAAAAAUCAUUAAUAAUUCAGGUCUCUGAGAGGAACCUUUCAAUCCCCAUGGGGGCUUAUUUGUUGGUGAUCUUAGAUAAGAUAAGACCCGCCUCUGUCUGCCAGAAUAGAGAUGCGCAGACACCUGGUCUUGUUCUAGAGGAAGCAAGUGCAGAGGCAGAGGUGCAGCCGCGAAGUUCGGGAUGUAGCGGAGGGAUGCUAGUUGGGAGAUGGAGAUGGGCGAGGGAUAGAACGCCAGCAGCAAGACACGCGGGGAGGUGAGCGGUGCCAUGAAAGAACAAAGCAACGAUUUCUAGUACAAUCUUCACACCACAUGAUUCUGUUGUAGAAGAAUAGAGGGCUUUGGCGCACUUUACUGGGAGAAGAGUGAAGGGCCGGGCUGUGGGUCCGGGCCUCGCCGACCUGAACAGGCCGCGGCCAGGGCAGAGACCUGCGCCCGCCCCCGCACUCGCGAGUGGCUCUCUCUCCCACCGACCUGCCUUGUGUCCCACUAACCCCUUCCCCUCUCAAGCACGCUGAGAGCGUGGAGGUCGAUGUUUAUGUUGCUACUAAAUUGCAAGGGAGCACUCUUUUUCUUUUUUGUAAGCAAAAAUUACAAACAGAGUUGUACAUUCUAAGAGAAAAAAAAUAAGGGACCUAACAAAACUCAGCAGUGUUACUGUAUUUUUAAAAAAUAUUUUUAUAGAUGCAUUUUCAGGUUAUUAAAUGUAAGAGAAAGAGAUAACCCUUCUUUUUUUUAGUAGCUAAAUCAUUGAUGAUUUAUAUUACCAAGUUUUAGAAGUAAUUUUCUAGUAAGCUCAUGGCAUUAGAAAAUUCUAGAAUAAUUUUUUAGUGAAAUUAGAACAUUUAUUAAUGGAUAUAAUAAAUAUUUUUCCAGAAUAAAAUAUGGACCCUAUUUGUUUACUAAUAGAUAAAGGGAGAUACAAUGUUUUGUUGUUUUUAAAGCCAUAAAAUGUGGCUUUUGUUAAGGAACAUUCAAGCCUGAACUCUCAAGUACAGCUUUUGUUUUGUUUUGGUUUGGUUUUUUCAGUGCUGGGGCUUGAACAACCUAGGAUGCACGCUAGGCCAGCAUUCUCCCGCUGAGCUAAGGCCCGGCCCUUAAAAGCAACUUUUAAAUGACUGUUUCCUAUUACUGUUACACCCCUCAGAAUUCAUGAUAAGGUGCUAUUUAUACUCUAUAUCUUACUGCAAGACAACUGCCAGGACACCUAGUCUUUGUAGUCCUGAAUCAAUCAAUCAGUUUUACCAUCUCAGCCCACAGUUCUGCUAUGCGAAAGGCGUAUUUUGAAAAGUGAAAUUGAAAAGUAAUUUCAGAGAUCUUUUACUCAAGAUGUUUCUUCCUGAUGAAAUACAUUGUCUUGUUAGCAAAUAAAGUGUCGGAACCUAUUUGUUUGUAAUUCUGUUACAUUGAAGGAGCGAAGGAGUGGACCUAGGGCGUGAAAUGCCGAAGGAGUGGACCUGGGGUGUGAAAUGCCGUUUCUUUCACCGGUGACACAAUGCAUGCGAGUGCGAGGACAGCAGAGCAGGUGCUGCGGGCCGCUGGCCGCACCUGGGGGAGCAGCUGUGCGGGGCCGGGGCUGGAGGGGGAGGGUCGCUCAGGAGCAGCUGUGCUCUGUUCGCAUAAGCAGAAAGUAACUUCUGAAAGUACAACUUGCAUUUUAAAGAAAGGCUGUUUAAAAAGAAAUUGCAGGUUCAUUGAAUCGGGAAAAUGGGCGAUUGACAGAGACCAUUUCCCUAACACUACAUCGUUUCUCGUGCUAGUACUUUAACUUUUUAAAGAAUUUACUUCUAUAUUUUGUAAUAUGACAUAUGCGUGUUUAUUUCUAAUUUCGAAUGUUGUGCAUACAGAAAGUAUGCGAUCCAAUCAGUCACAUCAAACCAUUUUACCUAGAGUUUGGUACUGGUUUUUACUUCUCUGAUUCUAUAUAAGGAAAAUAAAUACAAUUGAAUUUCCA